AUGGCAUCGUUUCCAAAGGACAUACUUGAGACCUUGUUUUCUUAUUUACCAGCAAAAGCCAUUUACAAGUUCAAAUGUGUGAGCAAGUCUGUGUCCACAUUUCCUACAGAAACAUAUUUCACAAGGAAGCAAACUGAGAACUCAAUGAAAAUGGACGACACAUGCUUCUUCCUUCAACAAGAUACAUGUCAAUGGUACAACGAACAAGUUAAGUUGUACCCAUUACCUGAAAAAGAAUCAUCUUCCGGUGUGUCUAAGGAUGUUCUGAAAUUUUUGUCUCAUUCAAGAGUCAUAUCUUCCACUAAGGGAUUGAUCUUUUGUCGCACAUCUAACAUGUUCACUGUUGAACUCUUCGUUUGUAACCCAGCAACAAAGUCUUGGUUGUCCAUUCCUUCUCCGAAGGAAGUUCAAGAAAAGCCAUAUAAUGAUCUCAAGAUGGGGUUGUUGGAAUGUUCCAACUGUUGUGAUCAUGACUACAUGGUGUUUCACAUUGAGGGUCAAGAUGAUUGGUCCUCAAAUUAUGCCUUCAAGUUUUACAAGCCCGAGGAAGGGGUGUGGAAAACAAAGGAAAAAAGCUUCUUUGCAGGUGGUAGGAACAUGAAGUUUAACAUGCCUGUGAUUUGUAAUGGGGCCAUCCACUUCAUCUCAGAUUGCUUUCCUUAUCUUACUAAAAAGAGUUCUUUUUAUAGGCCCUAUAUAAUGUCCUACAAUCUUGAGAGUAGCACCUCAACAAUGCUAAGGGUGCCAAGAGAGGCAAGAAGGGGUUCUCAUGACUUACAUUGUGACAUGAGCAUUUUCAGUUGGGGAAAGGAUCAGUCCUCUAUCUGUUUGGUGAGACUAAGAAAGUCUGUCUUUACCAUUUGGAUCUUGAGAGAUUAUCCUUCAAACAGCUGGCUCAGAAUUCUCAAGAUAAGGACAAAAGCGAUGGGUUUGAAGGAGGAAGAUCCUAAAAUAACUGGAUUCACAGUUAUGAAUAGUGGUCUCUUAAUUUUGGCUACUAAAACAAAGGUUUAUAGUUAUGGUUUGACUCAACAAAACUACAUGAGGGUUGAUGAAAUAUGCCAUCACGGAUAUGAGUUAAAUGUCUGCUUUACUUCUUAUUCAGAUACUCUUCGUUCAUGUGGACUUGGGGCUACAAGUUUGCCUUGUUAA